GGGAGGUCUAGUUACUCGUGAUACUGGUAGCUACUCCUGCUCGGACGCUGCAGCAUGAUGUGCCUUCGGUGUUGAGGGGCGGACGCCCGCCGCGUCUGCCUGAUGUUGCGGCGGAACUAGGGGCUGACUCCCUCUGCGAGGGCGCCAAGAUGCCUCGGUACUCAGAGCCUCAGCCGAGGAGACAAAGGGCAGACUUUUGCAUCGCUUGGACGUUGUGUGGAUGCAGACGUUUUAUAAUCUAUGUAUAUAAUGUACAGCGCGCGCGCACACACACACACACACACACACACACACACACACACACACACCUGUCACUAGGAUAAGAUAAGUGGGGUUAUCUUAUUUCACGUGUAGCCCCUGUUCACCUAGCAGUGAGUAGGUACGCGACGUAAGGCAAGGAGUUGUGACCUCGUUGUCGCGGUGUGUUGUGUGUGAGUGGUCUCAGUCCUACCCAAAGAUCGGUACUAUGAGCUCUGUGCUCUUCCGUGGGGGAACGGAUGGCUGUCUCGAGAGAGACCUGUAGCAGACCAAGAGCAUUGGAAGGCGUAAUUAAGUGACUGCCAGGAAAAUGUCUUGGCUUCGGAGCAGGACUGAGUGGAUGACUGACCACGGGGUGGCGACCACCCUCGCGUGCUUCGCCUUCACCCUCCUGGCGGGAUUCCUCAUCACUAAACUCAUCAAGAGGCGCCAGAAGGUGUGGCUGCUGGACCAGCUUCCAGGUCCCAAGGGCCUCCCUCUCCUGGGCUGUGUUCUGGAAGUCGCCUGUGACAAUGUGGAACUCUUCCGCCGAUUGAAUUCCCACUGCGACAUGGGCGGAGUGGUUCGCGUGUGGUACGGCCCUGAGGUCUUGGUGUUGCUGAGCAGUCCCAGAGCUGCCGAGGUCAUGCUGACCAGCCAGAAGAACAUCGACAAGAGCAACCUCUACCAAUAUCUCUAUCCCUGGCUCGGCACGGGGCUGCUCACCUCCACUGGCAGCAAGUGGCACUCCCGCCGCAAGCUCCUCACUCCUGCCUUCCACUUUACUAUCCUGAAUGACUUCGUGGAGGUGUUCAGCAGGCAGAGCAGCAAGUUAGUGAGCAAGCUGAGGGGCAAGGCCAACGGGGAGCCCUUCGACAUCUUCCCAAUCAUCAGUCUCUGCACUCUAGACAUCAUUUGUGAGGCUGCGAUGGGACGAACAGUCAAUUCUCAAGACGAAGAGGACUCGGAGUAUGUCCGCGCCGUGAAGCGGAUGAACUACUUACUUCAUCGGAGGAUGCUGAAAGUUUGGCAGCACCCAGACUUCAUGUUUCGGCUCCUGGGUCUGAAGAAGGAGCAUGACGCGUGCCUGGAAGUGCUGCACAAGUUUUCCCGGGAGACCAUCAGGGAGCGAAAGAGGCUGUACUCUGAGGCUAAAAAGCGCCCCCAGGAAUGCCCGGAGGAGGAGCGGCUGCUGGGCGGAGGCAAGAAGCGGCUGGCGUUCCUUGACCUUCUGCUUGAAGCCUCUGAGGAUGGGAAGGUGCUCUCUGAUGAGGACAUCAGGGAGGAGGUGGACACUUUCAUGUUUGAGGGCCAUGACACCACAUCCUCUGGGAUCAACUGGGCCCUCUACUUCAUGGGGCGCAACCCAGAACUUCAGGCACGGGUGCAGGAGGAACUGGACAGUAUCUUUGGGGACAGUGACCGCCCUGCCACCAUGGAGGACCUGAAGCAGAUGAAGUAUUUGGAGAACUGUAUUAAGGAGUCCCAUAGGAUCCUUCCCUCUGUUCCCUUCUUCGGCAGAGAACUGAAUGAAGACCUCAUAAUAGAUAAUCAACGUGUCCCUGCUGGAGUGACCGUCCUGCUUAUGAUAUUCAAGCUGCACCGGAACGCUGAACAGUUCCCUGACCCUGACAGGUUUGACCCUGACCGCUUUCUGCCCGAGAACGUAGCCAAACGCCACCCCUUUGCCUACGUGCCUUUCAGCGCCGGACCGAGGAACUGCAUAGGCCAGAGGUUCGCCAUGAUGGAAGAGAAGGUGGCUCUCAGCAGCGUGUUGCGGAACUUCAAGGUGGUGAGCGAUAUCCCCGAGAGUGAACUUCAGCUGCUGGGCGAACUGAUACUGCGGCCCCGCGGCGGCAUUCCCCUCAGGCUGCUGCCCCGCUCCACAUGAGCUCCGUGGCGCCCUCAGGAGUUCACUUUAACAUUCUUUUUGGUGUGCUAACCUGGACUCUAGUUGUUAGAAUUAGUGUUGUCAUUGAGCAACAUGUUAUUAUGUUAGGCAUGCUGUUUCUUCUUUUGUCUUAGUGCCACGAUUUCCUUCUGCUAUAAUGCUCGGAGAAGAGUGGCGUAGGUAAGAACAUAAGAACGUAGGAGUCUGCAAGAGGCCGGUAGGCCUAUACAAGGCAGCUCCUUUGAACCUAAGCUCCUGUGAAUCUAACCCCACCUAAUAUCACUGUCCAUGAAUUUAUCUAAUCUAUUUUUGAAUGUGAAAAUUGUAUUGGCACUCAUCACAUGACUGCUCAGCCUGUUCUACUCAUCUACCACUCUGUUAGUAAACCAAUUUUUGCCUAUGUCCCUGUUGAAUCUGAAUUUAUCCAGUUUAAACAUAUUACUACGUGUCCUACCCGGUUCUCUUACCAACAGAACCUUAUGAAUAUCUUCCUUAUUAAAGCCCUUCAUCCAUUUAUAAA